AAAGCAAUAUUUGGUGAUACGUUCAUCACAAAACUGGACGUCAAAGAAUCAAACCGAUCAAUGAAAUCAGAAUCUUUACCCCAGAAGGUGUUCGCCUUCUUGCAAAAAAAUAUUGUACAACUGCCCCAUUAAAAUGGAAACAAAAAUCGACAUGGAAAGUCAUGAUAAUUCAUCGGCAGUGCCAAAUAAUUACAUUACAUCACCGAGUAAUAAUAGCAAAAAGUGCCCUUUUGAAGUAGGAGGUAGUAAAGAUAAAGCUACUCGCUAUUUCGCAGUCCCAUCAAAAGAUUGCAUCGAUGAUAAUCCAGCUACAACUGCUAAGCCACCAUUGUCCCGAUUUGAUAAGUUAACUUCAAGCUGUGCAACUAGAUAUCACCAAUUGAAAUCCGCCGUAACCUCCUUUUUCUCCCAGCAUUACAUACUUCUCGGUUACAUUGUAUUUUUCCUGCUUACCUCCAUCCUGAUUUACGUCGUGGUCAGUCAGUCAUUUCGCGACCCUGAGCCUCUUCCUCACUUGCAGGGUAACAGUGGUCCAAUUGAGAAUGAUAAAGGGAGUCAAAUUUACACAAACUCUCAACAACCAAUAAUCGAUCGAAACUUAAUCACAAGCAAUAAUAACACUAAUAAUUUCAUACCGCCAUCAUCUUCCGCAUACAAUACGAACAUCAGCAAUAAAAAACUUGCACCUCAAGAAGUAGUUUUGUAUUCACAGAUAGACCUGCGUUUCGUAACGGGGAUGGUGCACACGAUAAUCGUGUCCAACCUGAUGUCACCCGCGGUUCCGGCCCCGUCCGGCUUGUCGACAAACUGCUGCAGUUCCGUAAAAAAUUUACUCCUCAAAGGUCCAAUAAGUCAGGAAUGGUUGCACUAUUUGCUUAGUUCGCUUAAAAAUGUGGAAAUUAUAGAGGUCGACGUUGAUCAAGUGUCGUCGGCGUGGACGGCAACAAAUAAUAAUAAUAAUAAUAACUUGGCCAUAGUAAAGGUACCCAUGCUGAGGGAAAUUUAUGCCAAAAAUGCGAGAAAAAGUGCUAUUCUAGAUUGGGGGUUUACUAUUGAAAUGCCAAAUUUGAAGGUAAUGUCGAUAAACACGUCGUUCUUUGAUGAGAAAUCUUUCUCAUGGUUUGAAGAAUUGAUGACGCAAUGUCAAGAUUCGAUUGAACGAAUCGAAAUUACGGAGUCACAUUUGUGCGAUAAAUGCGAUUUGACUCGGUUACAAUUUUCAAAUUUAAUGUACAUGAAGAUAUCGAGGGCGGAAGAGGAUGAGGAUGAUUUAACUGAGGAGGAGAAGGAUUUAGGUGAUGAUAAAGGUGUUGGUCUUAUCAUUCCGGGCGAAUUUGUGAAGAAUCUUGGUGACAGUGAUGGUUCAGAUUAGUUGGGUCGAUUUGCAUAUUAUGAGAAGGAC